CCGGGGGCGGUCCUCAGAGGCCCGGCAUUCCACAGCCACUCGAGCGCCGCGCGCUGGGGGUUGAGCGCUGUCCUAGCAGUGCGGGAGCGCUCCAGGGCUGCGAGGAGCCGGGACUCGUUCCUGGCGCUGGCUGGGUUGAGGUUCUAGGGCUGGGGGCCGCUUCCGGCUGCCGGAUCCCGCUUGAUCCUGGAGACCUGGAGAAGCGCUGGGCAAUCCCGGCGCCAGGAACUUUCCGCAGACCUGCUGCGAUCCGGCGGUGGCGGGGGCCUCAGGGUUUGAAAGCAGCACCGCGGCUCCGGGAGGCAGCAUGGAUGCCAUCAGCCAAUCCCCCAUGGAAGCUGUGCUUCCCAAGCACAUCCUGGAUAUCUGGGCCAUUGUCCUCAUCAUCCUGGCCACCAUCGUCAUCAUGACCUCCUUGUUGCUGUGUCCAGCCACUGCCGUCAUCAUCUACCGCAUGCGGACUCACCCAGUGCUCAGUGGGGCUGUUUGAGAGCCACCCAAAGCCCCAGCGGGGACCAGGAUGCAAGUCCCUUGCCCCAGCCUGUUCUCAGCAAGACAGUGGGAAGGACUUGGGAGGUUGCAUUCUGGUCUUGGUUCUCCACUGGCCAGCUGUGUGGACUGGGUCGAGGGACCUACCUCUGUGAGUUCUGGGUUCAUUGGCUUUCAACCAGGGAUCAUGAUCCCUGCCCCCACUACCUCAUAGGGUUGUGAGAACCAAGUGACAAAGCUGUUUGAGAACAGUGAAGCCACCACAGAUGUCCAGGGGUCACGCCAAGAGCUGAGAAGCUUGAAGAAGCAAAGAGCCUAAAAGCUGGUGAUGGCCUUCAAGGUGGUGAGGGAGACCCUGGGGACACAGCAGCCUUUUCCUGUGCCCCUCAAACCAAGCAAAGGACACCCUGCCCCCAUCCCCAGGGGCUAGAGACACACUGGCUCAGUGUUGGUUUCUUUGAAGCAUCACUCCCUUAAAUUUUCUCCCUUGUCAAGGAGGGCAGGAGCUGGACAUGGCAGGGAGAAGGGAGUUGAGUCAAGCUGUCCAGAAUCUCUUCAGUGCCCGAGGUUUGUCCCUGUAUACUCUGGAGGAAGGCUCUGCCAUUGUUUGGCAAUGCCCAGGGAGUUAGGGUUAUGGGCUUCUUUUUGCAGGGGAGUCUCGUUUGCCAUUCAGUCAGUGUUGGAAAAUGCAAGGUGUCCAAUACCCUGCUCAGCUUUCAGGAUCUGCAGUCCCCAACCCCUGUGUGCCCCACACUAGAGAUGCUAUGUCCCUCUGUCCCGGCUCCUGCUGUCAUUAGCUCCACGUAUACUCCUUACUCCCUCCCGCCAGAACUGUAGUCAAAUCCAAGGUAUUUAUAUUUUAAGAAACGUUCUCAAGACUUUUGGAACCAACUCAAGCCAGUGAUGAUAAUUUUAGAUGCUAUGAUUUGUAUUUAUAUAUAGAGAUAUUUCUGGACCACUCAAGCUGUUUGAUAUCCACAACAGGAGCAUCCUGGGAUUUAUUAAACUAUGUAACAAGAUAGCACAGAUAUUAGGAUAUUAUUGUGUAAAAAUUAUGCUUUUACUUUGAUCUUAUUUCAUUGACGUACACAAUCAAUUUCCAAUAAAGUGCUAGAAUGAC